AUGUGUUUGUGGUCAGGCAGUACGCGGCCACCUCAGCCCCUGCGCAGCGCCGCAGAAAACCCCGUGCAUCGCUCUGAAGGGUCCUCUUCACAGGAUCCGCCAUUAGGAGCACACCGGUGGUGGACCGAACGUCAGGAUGCAGAUAUUCGUCAAAACCCUCACGGGGAAGACCAUCACCCUCGAGGAAUCCCUCCCGAUCAGCAGAGACUGAUCUUCGCCGGGAAGCAGCUGGAAGAUGGACGUACUCUGUCAGACUACAACAUCCAGAAGGAGUCCACUCUGCACCUGGUGCUGAGACUGCGCGGUGGAGCCAAAAAGAGGAAGAAGAAGUCUUACACCACCCCCAAGAAGAACAAGCACAAGAGGAAGAAGGUCAAGCUCGCGGUGCUCAAGUACUACAAGGUGGACGAGAACGGAAAGAUCCAUCGUCUGAGGCGUGAGUGUCCCGCUGACGAGUGCGGAGCUGGAGUGUUUAUGGCGAGUCACUUCGACCGUCACUACUGCGGAAAGUGCUGCCUCACCUACUGCUUCAACAAACCAGAGGACAAGUGA